UCGAGAAAUUAGCACCCUGGUCAUCUGCAAUACUACCCUAAUUUCCCAGCCACCUGGGUCUGUAAAUCUGGCAUGGAUUUUCCCCGCACUAUCAAGACGUCACAAGGACUCUUUGUUCCUCGGCUUCGAUUCAUCUAAUGAUAUCCCUACGAGAUCUGCGCUCGGGUUGUUGGGACUUAACUUAGAUUUUACUAAAAUGCCAAUGGAUAGGAACUGGUUAAUUAUGCUGUCAAGACUGAUUUAAUCGUCAUUGCAGUCGUUGAGAACUGUUUGUAUAUAAACUAUUAAGCCCCAAAUGACGAUGCGUACUUUGCUCCAGUGCCUCUUUCUUGGCUUCUAUUCAAGUCAAACAUUGGCCCAUCCCAGCGGAACGGAAAGCUCGGCGAAUGUUCAAAGAAACGAUGUCCCAAAUUAUCAUAAUAAUGUCGGCGUACUUCAAUAUGUGAAUCCGAAGAUAGGCACGUACGGUUCCUCGCCUGACGACAAUGGCGGAAUGAUCCCAUCAGUAUCAGUGCCUUUCGGCAUGACCCGAUGGACAGCCCAGACCCGCGAAAAUUACAUCUCUCAAGUCCCAUACCACGACGGAGAUUCUUACGUCCACGGAUUCCAAGCCACGCAUCAGCCGGCAAUUUGGAUGGGAGAACUAGGCCAAGUAGUGUUAACUCCAGGAUGGAGUAAAGAUGUGAAGCCUCUGUUCGAACAACGAAGCCUAGCGUUUCGCAAAGAGGAUGAGGUUAGCACACCUUACGUUUAUGAAAUUGUUCUGGACGCAGACACAGAAGGAGAACAUGAUCUGAACUUAACCGAAGAUGCUGCCGGAGAAGGUCCGGUGCCUGGUGGUGCUGGAUCAGCUUCGGAUCAAGUCCGAAGUGGGGCGAAUGGGCGUACGAGGAAAAGAGACAAUGUUUAUGUCUUUCGGAAUUAUACCCGACAGAUUCGAGCGGCGAUGAGUGCAACUGCUCAUACGGGAUCUCUCCGAUUUGAUUUCGAAUCUGCUGAUACUUACCCAUCUUCGGAGUCUGUGCAGCCUUAUGUUUCUAUCCAAGUAACUCGACAAAACUGGACGGGCGAGGUUCGGAUAGAUCCGAAAAAUAAUGAGAUUUCUGGAUAUAAUCCGCAGCGACAAGAUUAUCGGCUAGGUCCCGAUAAACCCGCAUCUUUUAAGGGCUACUUUGUUUCCCGAUUGUCCGAACCAUUUGCGUCGUACGGAACUUCGCUUGGUGCCAAUGUUUCGGAUGGAUCCGAAAAUGCAUCAGGCGAGCUACUCAGCGCAUAUGUGAAAUUUCACGAAAAUACAAAGCGAGUAGAGGUACGCACUGCAGUAUCCUUCGUCAGCGUCGAACAGGCACGAAAAAACUUGGAUAUUGAAAGCCCCGAUGGUACCACUUUUGAAGAAACCGUCGAGAAUGCAAAGUCUGCUUGGCUGGAGAAAUUAGGCCGAAUUACAAUUGAAGGCGUCAAUUCGACCGACAAAGAGCACGAUCCUCGCACCAUCUGGUACACCGGCCUUUUCCACGCUCUUCAGUAUCCAAAUGAUUUCUCCGAGCCCACCAGUAAGGACCCGAAAGGGUCCCGGACGUUUUAUAGCGGAUACACCGACAGCAUUCAUGAGUCCAAUGACUCUUACUAUCAGUCAUGGUCCAUUUGGGAUACAUACCGCGCCGAGCACUCGCUCUUAACAACCUUUGCCCCUGAGCGCGUAAAUAGCAUGAUGCGCACUCUGCUACAAAUAUUUGACUGGACCGGACGUCUACCGAUGUGGGCUAACAUGGUUGAGACGAACAUUAUGAUCGCCACUAACGCCGACGCCGUGCUAGCGAACGCAAUCUCGCGAGGUUUCCGCUCAUUCGACCUUAAGAAAACAUGGGAAGCUGUACGUAAGGACGCCUAUGAACCACCCGAAAAUGACACUCAGUUACUGUACUACGACCGUGAACCAGACACCCCCUAUGAAGUGCGCGCAGGAUUAACCAGCUACAUGGAUCACGGCUGGGUCGACAACGACAGAUGGUCAGAAUCCGCAUCCAGAACCCUAGACUACGCAUUCAACGACGCAGCAUGCGCUAUAGUAGCGCGAGCCGUCGGUCAAGACGACGAAGCAGCAGCUCUUAAGAAGAGAGCCAAGAACUAUGCAAAAAUAUGGGACUCCGAUACCCAAUUCAUGCGAGCGCGUAAUGAAAACGGCACAUGGGCGAACGAAACAUGGGGUUGGACCGAAGGUGAUAAGUGGGUGUACACCUUCGACGUACUCCACGAUGUCGACGGACUCGCUGGAUUAUUUACCGGCGGUCGUCAAGGUAUGAAGACGAAACUAGAUGAACAUUUCGAUGGUGGACAUAAUAUGCAUAGUAAUGAGCCUUCGCAUCAUGUACCAUACCUGUACUCUUUAAUCGGACACCCAAGCGCAGCUGCUGAUCGCAUUCGCGAUAUUGCGUUCGAGAAUUAUAAUGCUACGAGCGCUGGACUUAGUGGAAACGAGGAUUUGGGCCAGAUGAGCGCUUGGUAUGUUUUCUCUGCGCUAGGAUUUUAUCCUGUUAAUCCGGCUGGUGAUGAGUAUGUUGUUGGUUCGCCGUUCUUCGAGAAGGUUACUCUGAGGUUACCUGCUGGGGUGGCGACAGGGGGUGAAGUCAGUUGCGCUGGCGGUGGAGAGAGAACUCUGGUCAUUGAAGCACCUGGCGCGACGUCAAAGUCGUAUGUGAAGGGCUUGAGUGUCGAUGGGAAGCCUAUCGAUCGACCGAUUCUUCACCAUGGAGACAUUGUUAAAGCAAGCCUAAUCAGGUUUGAAAUGAGCGAGACGCCCACAAAAUGGGGUGAACUAGGGGAAUUAUGAUAAAUUCAGAUUAAAUGUAAAUACCUAAGUACCUUAAUGCCUAUAUCAUAAGUACCCUGGAAAUCUCCCAUCGUAAGCUCACGAGAUAGGGUACA